AUGGAUGCUAUUAAUGCCCAGCUAGAAAUGCGUGACGUUCUCGUUCAUGCGGGAACAGGAACAGGGAAGACAGCCAUUGCAGCAGGGCCUCAUGUUCACCCAAGUGCGAAGGGGAAAGUGUUGAUAAUGGUGUCACCACUUAUCGCACUACAUGACGAGAUGGUUGAUACAUUCCGUGAAGAAUUCAAGCUUGUCGCAACAGCGGUUAAUAGCAGUAACAGCGGGUGCAUAACAGAGAAACUGAAGAGCAUCGUCAAAGGCGACACACAAAUCAUCUUGAUUUCUCCGGAGCUCCUGCUUUCACGGCGCUUCAUUAAGGAGGUGCUCAAGAACACCGAAUUCAAGAAAAGGGUGCUCUCUGUGAUAAUCGAUGAGGCCCACGUCAUCUCGCACUGGGGGUCAGGCUUUCGAAAGAAGUACAGUGAGCUUGGAAUUAUUCGAUCUUUUCUACUAAAAUUGACUCCAAUCGUUGCACUUUCUGCCACUCUUCCUGCCCAUGUUCGGAGAGAAGUCCUUUGGGUACUACGGUUUGAUCAGAAGAAUUUCCUGGACAUCGACAUAGGGAAUGACCGACCUAAUGUUUCCAUUGUGAUCCGUGGCAUCCAACACCCACUAAACACGUAUGCCGACCUCGAUUUCGUCAUUAACAAGCUUGCAGAAUGGCCGGACGAUAUCCUCAAAUCAUUUAUCUACUGCGAUAGCAUUGCAAUGGGCACCGAGAUCAUCGAUCAUCUUACAGAUCUCUUACCUGAGCAUCUCCAAGAUUAUCGACGGGCGGCGAUGAGGGCAUUCAAGGAGGGUUCUGUGCGCAUCCUUGUUUGCACAGAUGCUGCAGGAAUGGGAUGUAACAUCCCAGACAUCGACCUUGUUGUCCAGUGGAAACUCCCAACCUCUGUGUCAGCCUUUGUCCAAUGGGCAGGCCGAGCUGCUCGUUCGCAUGAUCAUCUUGGCUUUGCUGUCCUGCUCGUGGAGCCUGGCACUGAUAAAACGAAGACGAAGAAGGCGGCAUCUACACCCGCUGAAAAGGCAAGGGCGGCAGAGCUGAAGAAACUAAAAAAGAAUCAUGCAAAGGUGCGAGGUGUCCAACGCGGGUCGUUGGGAGGUCGGCACAAUACGAUCCUGUCGGGCACCUGUCGAAGAAGGGUCCUGGGCGUGAUCUAUGGUCAUGUACUAGUCACAGUCCCGUCCGUUCCAUGUUGUGAUAUCUGCUGCCCCGAACUCCUGAAUCGCACGCGCCCGGGGAAAAGGCCAAAGAACACGAGGGCAAAGGUUGUCAAGAGAGGCGAGCCUUGUCAACUUGUCAUUGACACGGUCGUUGCAUGGCGCUCUAAGAUCAAGGCCCGUGACUUCAAAGAUGCGUUGUUCGCAUCGGAUGGGCUGGUUUCCGAUGAAGUUGUUGAUUUGCUGGCAAAUGUGGGGCCAAUCCAAUGCCCGGAACAGCUCUCAGCAGCUGUCUCGGGCCAGUGGGGUUGGGAAGAGACCUACGGAGACGAGCUCUUGCAGGAACUGCUCAAGCUCGACAUACCACCUCUAAUUCCGCUGCCCACAGCACCCAAAGCAGCACUGAAGAGGCCAGUUGUCGACGGGCAAGAGCAAGGAGCCGUGGUAACAAAGAAGCAGAAGAAGAUGGUGAAAGCCACCCAGACCACAAAUGAUCUGACAGGAGUGCAGCCACUUUUCGUAAUCGAAGGCUAUUCCCAGAGCCCUCAGAUGUGCAGGGUUUGCCAUCUGCUGGAGGUUCUAGAAGAGGGAGAGGUGCAGGAGCAUUGGAUGAAGUAG